CGACUCAACCCCAGUACUUUCUCGAUAAGCAGCCAUGUUUCUUCCUGAAUUAAAACGAACAAAAGUAUGAAGAUAGUGCACUUUACUUUCCGUCGUUUCUUUAGUUGUUUCUCCUUUUUAAUUACUUUUAUAAAGAAAAUUUUAUUUAGAGGCCGUCAGAGAAAGUCUAGCCAGGGCGAUAAGGAUAGCAUACCAACUUCAGUGACUGUGAGCCGAGACCAGCAGUUAGAAGGUGAAGAGCAAUGGGAGGAAUGGGAACAAAUGGAGGAGUUCAGUGUGAAAGUUGAACCAGCUUCUGAUCCACAGCAGGAUCCAGCAGAGGAAGAUCUCUUCCGUGACAUGACACCUGUCUUUCAAAAACCAAAGAAGAUUGUUCUCAAGAAGAAUAAAGGUUACCCUGAUGGUGGUUAUAAUACACGCCCAGAGACUACGCCAAGUCGUUUUAACUUUGAUACGAGUUAUAGCCCUGUAGAGCCUGAGCUUGGUACUUGGAAUGAUGAGUCUACUUCAGUAUGGGAUGAAGAAGCUGUUUCUGAGAAAGACAUUGAGUGGGAAACAGAAAAAUUAGUGAAAGAAAGAAAACAGGCAGAGAGAGAACGACGUGCUCUGGAACAACAAAGAAGAAGAGAAGAGAGGGAAGCACUGAAGCACAUGGACAAAAAAACACAAGGACAUCUUGGAGUCAGACUCUCUACAUAACAUUGUAACAAAAGGAUUGUACCAAAUGGAUGCAGGAUUCUUGUGUCUGGGCCUUAUAACUUAAUGUAAUAAGUUACUCUUUUACUGCCAGUGAGUUAACAGUAUUAAAUUUCUCCUUACAAUUUAAAUAUACUAUCAAGCUUAAUGGUUGUGAGAAUUUAGAAAAUAAGGAAGGAGAUGGGCCUGAUAUUACAUUAAGUUAUCAGUGAUGGCCACCAAAAUAAGUUUGUGGCUUCCAUUGAGAAAGAUAGUUUUGAGAUCUUAAGAGUGCAAAGGACAACAUAGCUUCACACCUUUGAGUUGGUCUCUACUGAUAACAUGCAAAGAGUUUCAAAGGAGUAUUUUAAUGGAGAAGAGGGUGGGGUUUAAGACCCUGAUUAGAUUGCUGGAAAUGUAGAUUGUGGAUGGAAUUCUUGGCUUGUUUACUGCAGUCAAAUUGGUCAGUGACCCUGCUAAAUGGUAGUUACAAAGAAAGGAGUGUUGUUUGAUAAUUUGGUCCAUUUUUUUGGGCGUGAAGUUUGCAACAGUAGGAAGAAGGUGAACAUUGGUGCAUAUGUAACUUGAUAAAGAAGAGGGAAGGGCUAGUUAGCAAAAUUAUGAAAACAGGUUUUGAAAAUAAACAUUUGAUGAAUGACUUGU